UGGGCUCUGCAGGUGGCAGACCACGAGGUGGGCCCGCGUACGCUCUCGCUCGGAUGUGGGCUGCAGCCCGCGAUGCCCGUCGGGUGCCUCUUGGCAGGCGGCGGCAGCGGCGUUGGAGGCCCGGGGGGUGCAGGAAGGGCCCCCGCAGGGCAGGUGCCGUGGGGGGGCUGUCUCCCCCCGGUUGCAUCCGGGUGCCAGCCCACUGCGGCGAGGCGUGUGACGGCAGAAGCGCGGGCGAGGCUCAUAUUUGGGCACGGAGCAGGGUAUUGGAGGCCGCGGCCCCGCGGCCGGGAGAUGAGGCGCCUGAUAAAGGCCGCUGCCCCGGGGCUGCUGCGCGCAGGGGCUCGGGCGCUGGCGAGAGGCAGCCCGGCUGCGCGGGCUCGGGGCCGGCGGCCAUGGGGCCGCUGCUGGCACUGGGGCUGCUCGUGUGCGUGCGGCUGUGUGCGGGCUCCGGGCAGCUGCGGCUGGUGGGCGGCGGCGGGCGCUGUGCCGGGCGCCUGGAGAUGGAACACGGCGGGAAGUGGGGCUCCGUGUGCGCCUUCGACUUCGACGGGGAAGCUCGCUGGGCCGCCGUGGUGUGCCGGCAGCUGGGCUGCGGCCGGGCGGCCAGGGCGUCCCUGCACGCCCCGUUGGGGCAGGGCAGCGGGCGGAUCUGGCUGCAGCCCUUCUGCAACGGCACCGAGGAUGAGCUGAAGAACUGUUCACGCUUCACAUGGGGACAGCAUUCCUGCGGCCACGAGUGGGAUGUGGGGGUGACCUGCACAGAUGCCGUGGAGCUGAGGCUGGCGGGCGGCGGCGGUCCCUGUGCCGGGAGGGUGGAGGUGAAGCUGCAGGGACACUGGGGCUCGGUGGCAGACGACAGCUGGGACAUGGAGGACGCCGAGGUGGUUUGCCAGCAGCUGGGCUGUGGCUCGGCUUCUGGUGCCUACUUUGCCCUUGACCGCUUUGGUGUCAGAGUUGGUCCCAUCAGUCUUGUCCUAGUGGACUGCAGUGGGGACGAAGCCACACUCUGGGACUGCAAGAUCCGUGGCUGGGGACCCUAUAACAUCAGCAUCCCUUACAGGGACACUGCCGUUGUCUGCCAAGGCUUUUCCCAGCUGGUCGGAGGCGAUGGAGCCUGUGCCGGGCGGCUGGAGGUGCGUCAGGGCCGGGCGUGGGUCGGUGUCUGUGCGGAUCAGGUGGACAUGAAGGUGGCGCAGGUGGUGUGCAGGGAGCUGGGCUGCGGCGAGGUGAUCGGCAUCGCCGGCAGUGGCCGUUUUGGGGCGGUGUCGGGAUCGCUGUGGGACGGGGGCUUCCAGUGCCAUGGCACCGAGCCCCUGCUCAGUGCCUGUGCCCGGCGUCCGCGCCACGACGAGGCCUGCCCCGGCCCUGGCAGCGUCAUCUGCUCGUCCUACACGGGCUUCCGAGUGGCGAACGGCAGCUCGGGCUGCUCCGGGCGAGUGGAGGUGGCGGUGAGGGGCACGUGGGGCUCCGUGUGCGCCAGCGAGUGGGAGCUGCCCGAUGCGCACGUCCUGUGCCGGCAGCUGGGCUGCGGCCGCGCCCUCAGCGUGGCCCCGGGAGGCUCCUUCGGCAGCGGGGAGGGGCCGCUGCGGCCGGACGCCUUCGGCUGCAGCGGGAGCGAGCGGCACCCGGGCGAGUGCCCCGUGGCCGUGCUGGGGAAGCCGCCCUGUGCCCCCAGAAACGCCGCUGCUGUCAACUGCUCAGGCACUGCUGAGUCCCUGCGGCUGGUGGAGGGUGAGACCCGCUGCGAUGGGUUUGUGGAGGUGGCCACAAGCACCGGGGACUGGCGCCGUGUGCCAGGAGAGGUUUCGCUCCUACGGAAUUUGAGCAAUGUGUGCUUGGAGCUGGGCUGUGGAGGACUGGAGAAGAGUGGUGCUGUAAAUGGUAACGUGUCCAUGUGGGACCUCAACAACUCAGAGUGGGCCGUAAUGGAAGAGGUCAUCAAAACAAUCAAGGGGAUGACAAGUGAUCUGACCACUAGGAGCAUACAUAAGAAUUAUUUUGGGAGUACUUACAGGUCCAUGAAGACUGCACCAGCUGGCAUCUCUCAUGGUGUGAAUAUUAUCUGCAGGUGGGUGUCCCGGGAAGGACCGGUGAAGUGCCGGUGCCUCAGGCAGCCAGCCCAGCCCAUUCCCUCUGUGCCCACAGGCAGCCUGCAGGUGAGGCUGGUGGGGAGCUCUGGGCGCUGUGCCGGGCGUGUGGAGGUCUAUUCCGGUGGCGGCUGGAGCUGGGUGUGCCAGGAAGGCUGGGAGCUGCAGGACGCGGCCGUUGUGUGCCGGGAGCUGGGCUGUGGCACGGCCCUGGAGGCCCCGAGCUGGGCGCGGUUCGGGGCCGGCACGGGGCCGCUGUGGCCGUACAUCCCCGAGUGCUCCGGGUCCGAGGAGUCUCUGUGGCGAUGCGGGCGCACGGAACGGCGCGAGUGCGGGCGCGGCGGCGGGGCAGGGGCCGUCUGCUCAGAGCAUCUCUCCGUGCGGCUGGCAGGAGGCCCUGGGAGCUGCCGGGGCUUCCUGGAGCUGUUCCACAACGGCACCUGGGGCCGCGUGUGCGCCAACGGCACCUUGGCGCCGUGUGCCAGGAGAGAGAAGAGUGGUGCUGUAGAUGGCUCAGCCUACCUGAGGACACUCAGUAGCACAGACAAAGACAUCAUGCAAAAUGUGAUCAAAACCAUCAAGGAUAUGACCACCAAGCUGUCUGACGGGCUGCCGGAGUACCUUCUUAAUGAUGACUGGAUGGAAGACUGGAUGACCACUGCCCCAGCUGAUAUCCCGUAUGGGGCGGCCAUCGUCUGCUCAG